GUUCGAGACAGAGAAACAUAGAGAGAGAGGGAUACAGUGUAACAGUUAAAGAUACAGUGUAACCUAGAGAGGGAUACAUUGUAGCAGACAUUGGUUACAGUGUAUUCAUUGCGCCUCGACAAUGAGAGAAUAGUCAUUGUAAAUAUGGGUGACUUUAUUUACCAGCAAGCUUUGAUUUUCUGAAAUUGUACCGUUUCUUCCUCGCUCUUCCACUCCUGUUUCAGCCUCCCGAUACUUUUCUAUCCCUCAUUCACAUCCCAGUGCUUUCUCUCUCUCUUCCUGAUGGAUCCAGCGUCUCCGUGUCCGAGCCGGGGCUCGGCUCCAGGCGCUGCCUGCCCUCUGUCUCCGGGUGGCGGUAGGGAUCCGGGAUCCUCUCCGCUGGCCUCCCGCUGCUGCUCCUCCUCCUCGCAGACUCCGGAGCUGAAACGCCAGGCGGUGAAGAGGCACCAUCACAAACACAACCUGAGGCACCGCUAUGAGUUCCGAGAAACCCUGGGCAAAGGCACUUACGGCAAAGUGAAAAAAGCAGUCGACAGAUCCGGCCGAGUGGUUGCCAUUAAGUCGAUUCGCAAAGACAAAAUCAAAGAUGAACAGGAUCUGGUCCACAUCCGGCGAGAGAUUGAGAUCAUGUCAUCGCUCAAUCACCCACACAUCAUCAAUAUCUAUGAAGUUUUUGAAAACAAGGAUAAAAUUGUGAUCAUUAUGGAGUAUGCAAGCAAAGGGGAUCUAUACGACUUCAUCAAUGAGAAGCAGAGUCUGACUGAACAAGAAGCUCGUCAUUUCUUCAGACAGAUUGUAUCUGCCAUACAUUACUGUCACAAGAAUGGGAUUGUGCACCGGGACCUGAAACUGGAGAACAUCCUGCUGGAUGCCGCCAGGAAUGUCAAGAUUGCUGAUUUCGGUCUCUCCAACUUGUACCACCAAGACCGAUUUUUGCAGACCUUUUGUGGCAGCCCCUUGUAUGCAUCACCAGAGAUUGUCAAUGGCCGUCCAUACAGGGGCCCCGAGGUUGACAGUUGGUCUUUGGGUGUACUACUCUACACCUUGGUUCAUGGCACGAUGCCUUUUGAUGGGCACGAUUACAGAAACCUUGUUAAACAAAUCACCAACGGAGAUUAUCGAGAGCCUACCAAACCUUCAGAUGCCUGUGGGCUGAUCCGUUGGCUACUGAUGGUGAACCCAGACCGCCGAGCUACCAUUGAAGAUGUUGCUAAUCACUGGUGGGUGAACUGGGGCUACAAGACCCCGGUCUGCGAGAUGGAGUCAGUGAAAGACUAUGAAAUGCCAGUGACCAUCACUUCCGACUGGCUGCAGCGGUCAUCUCGCAUUGUCUUUGAAAGUGGCUCGAAGGUCCGUUGCUUCUUUAAGCAGCACAGCUCGCCACUGGAGCGGCAGAGGUCCCUCAAGAAAUCAAAGAAAGAGAAUGACAUCUCGCAGUCGCUGCAGGAGGGGGGAGCUCCUGAAAGCCAGAGCAAGUCACUGCUGAAGAGGCCGAAAGGAAUCUUGAAGAAAAGGAACAAUUACGAACAUCGGUCACACAGCGCAGGCAAUGUCAAUCACCCUGUAUCUUUGGAGGAGACUGCCUUCAUUCCGAAAGACUCCAGCAUGUCAGCAGUGGAAGUCAACAGCCAACAGCCCAGUGCUGUGGCCCCUGCACCAAAGAAAGGAAUACUGAAGAAGCCUGCAAAAAGAGAAUCUGGUUAUUAUUCAUCACCAGAGCCAAGUGAGUCAGCAGACCUGCUAGACUUUGAAAACUCCCCAGUCUUUGAGGUGGGGAGCUUUGACGCCGGUCAUUCCAUUGGUGAUCGCUCCAAAGACACAACCAGCCGGCGCAAAGGCAUCCUCAAACGCAAUGGUAAGUUCUCCUCCAGCAGCACAGACUCUACAAUGGGAAGUCCCACCCUGAAGAGCUUGGGAUCCUUCAAUGAGUUGGCCUUUUCUGACAUCAGGCUUUCGUCGAAUUGGAGCUACCCAUCCAGCGCGGUGAGCGAAGACAGCAUCCUCUCCUCGGAAUCUUUCGACCGCCUGGACCUCCCUGAGGGCCGGCAGGAGCGCAGCCAGAUGCGGAGCUGCGUCUCCGCCGACGACCUGCUCCACCUGGAUGGAUCGGAGUCAGACUGCAGGCCGCGCCUUCGCAAGAUGAAGUGCUUCACAGAGUUGGGUGACAGCAACUUCUCUCUCAUGGACCUUGAUCAUGUGACUGAGGUCUACAAAAAGGCUGUGGCGAUUUGCAAUAAACUUGUCUGAGUGGCUCUGUUAAAUCUGUGCCUUAAUGAUGGUUCAUUAUAAAUGGUUGAUGUCAAAACCAAGUGCUGAGAGACGGAAGAUGAACAGGACAGACAAAUCAAGAUUCCAGAAUGCCUCUUCGAGAAAGAGGAAGAAGCAGAGAAUGUAGGACAAAUUUUGAGGGUACAGAAUGUGAGAAAAGGUUGCAGAAUGUAGAAUGGAGCCAAGACACAGUGCAAGGAGUCACUUGUUACUUCAUUAAUCUAAUGUUUCAUCUUCAAGAAUACAAGGACGUUGUGUAAUAUCGAGCGAGAUCCUGAAUGAAAAAACUCUAAUGGGUGACAGACCUGCACUAUGAACACUGAGAUAAAGAAAAUAGUGAUAGUGUGAAGCCGAUUGAUGUGUAAAAUAAGGGAUAAAGGUAGGAAAUAGUGGUAUGUGAAUAAGGAAAAGAUGAGAGAUCCUUUUAACCCCUCUGCCUCCCUCCCUACUCUGAGAAAAUGAAAAUGUACUGAUGAAUAGGGGGAGGCAGAGACUGGAGAACCUCUAUAACUUUCGAUUUAACAAGAAUCCGCCAUUCAGAUUGACCAUGCCAACAUUGGCUAAUGAAUCGCCAGCAAGUCCAUUCCAUGGUGCUCCAGACUGUUCAACCGUUGCCUGCAUCAUUGGUCAAAUAAUGAGUACAUUGUGCCCUAAUGUAACACAGCCUCUGUCAAAAAGGAGCAGUGCAUCCGAAAAUUGGGCAGUUGCACCAGACAGAACUGAGUUUACUAUUUAUGGGACAAACAUAUAUAUAUAUAUAAUAUAUAUAUAUUGCCUGUUAAUUUAUUUUGCCCCUCUGCCUCAGACUUUUUGGUUAUAUGUAAAUAAGUGAAUGCAGAAGAAGUUUAAUAUUAUAAUAGAAUUUUUUCUACUGCUCAAUUAAUAAUGAUUAUGACCAUAAUUCUGAGUACACUCUUUAAUUUGCAAUGGAACCAAGUUGAUUAGAGGAAGAGAAUAAUGUGUGUUACACUGUGGAAGAGCUGAUGCCAUUAUACACAUCAUUUGCUGUCUAAGUGCUUUGAGAUUACAAUCAGAAACUGAAAGUUCAUUUCUUCACUACCUAAAUAUAUCAUUCUAAGGUUGAUUGUUGCAAAUACUGCAUCAUCUCCAUAUCAUUCUUUAAGCAAGGUAUAUUUUUUAUGUACUAAUUCCUGAUGGUGUUGCAUGUCUUUCUGUAUGAAUGAAUGAAUGAAUGAAUGUAUGUAUUUAUGAGUGGUGACAACUUAUUUUGCUGAAUGAGUACUUGAAUCCUAUUUGGGAGUGCCCCAGACUCAGUGUAAUUAGUUAAAAUCCUUCAUGUCCCGUGAAGGCUAUGAAAUGGUCUGUCCUGUAAAUAUUUGCGAGGUGGUGGGUUUUUACAGGAGAAACAGGCAGGCGUUUGAAAAUGUGCCCAUUAAUAAGUGGGAACAAUUGGAUUUUUUUUUUACCAUGUGGGCUUUAAUCAGCGUUGACCAGCACAUGACUGUAGAAAGGGAAUGUUGAAAUCUGUCAAGAAUUGUUUUUUUUUUUGAAGGUUUGUGUAGUGGGGAAAUAUUGGUUUCAGAUUUAAUUUGCUGCUUGCAUUUGUAUACAGUGGGUAUAAUGUUAUCUAACAUGUUUAGUUACCAGAGAAGUGGCCAGGAUGGAAUUGUAUUGAACCCCAAUAAAUGGAUUUUCUGCUUGAUGGGAAUUGAGUGGAAGAUACAGCCUAAGUAGAGUUGGAUAGAAGAGUAUAGACUGAAGAUUGAAGAGUGAAACAAAUUGAAAUGAUAUCAACCUGAGCUGUUAUUUGGAAUGUAGGAAAACAAAUUGGCCCUCAUUCAGUUCAGUUAAGGCUGAUCCAUAUUUUAAUUCCAUUUAACCAUUACCUGUCUUGAUUCCAUAUCCUUGAUACUCCUUCUGAAGCAAACCUACAUCUAUCAACCUCUUCUGAAAUUUUCAAUUAUCUCCCAUCCCAAUUUUUUUUUGUUGGAGAGACUAUUCCAGCUAUCCAA